UCCCAGUCGACCACCAACUGCUUUUCAUUCUUUGUCCCCCUUUCGUACUGGUUUAGUCUAUCCUUGAAAUCCAGACCAGUUUUUGUCUUGAGCCAUCAUGAAGGCUCAAACAGCCACGCUCAUUUUAUCUUUCUGCAGCUCUAUUCUCGCGGUUCCUAUCCACAACCCAAAUGCCAAACGUGAUCCUUCUCCGAGUAGCCAGCCCCAAUGGCCUUCCGAUCCUUUUGCAAGCGGAUUCCCCUUUACGCCCGACUGGCCCUUUCGCGGGCCCAUGGAGGGGCAAAGCCAGGCUAGUGGCGGCAUAGCUACGCCUUCUAGCACGCCCUCUAGCCUUCCUUCUGGGGCUCUCCAUGGAAUCAACCGACCCACGGGCACUGCCGUUCCGAACUUCUCUUCCGACUAUCAGCAGUCGCCCGCACCUCCUCACAACACGGCUCCUUCCAGCCCUACUGGGACCUCGGUGGGUACCCCGGGCGGCUAUACUGGUGCUGGACAACCUCAGGGACAAUCCCAAAGCCAGUACUCCCAAGGCUAUCCCACGAAUGGUCAGUAUCCGGGGGGUUCAUCCAGUGGUGCUCCUAGCGGUCAAUCCUCCCAGGGCUACCCGUCAAAUGGCCAAUACUCUGGUGGUUCGUCCAUUGGUGCUCCUAGCGGUCAAUCCUCCCAGGGCUAUCCGUCAAACGGUCAGUAUCCCGGGGGUUCAUCCAGUGGCGCUCCUAGCAGCCAGUCCUCCCAGGGCUACCCGUCAAAUGGUCAGUAUCCCGGGGGUUCAUCUAGUGGCGCUCCUUCUAGCGGCCAGUCUUCUCAGGGCUAUCCAAAUGGCCAAUACUCUGGUGGUUCGUCCACUGGUGCUCCUAGCGGCCAGUCCUCCCAGGGCUACCCUUCCCAUGGCCAGCGCCCAAGUAGUUCGUCUACUAGUGGUGCUUCUAGUGGUAGCCAACACUCCGCAGCCUCAUCGCCAAGCAACCAAGCCCCGACAAGCGUCGACUCUGCAGGCGCUUACGAAGACGGAUAUUAUAUUGGAUACACGACUACGAGCCACGCAUCUGGUUAUCGGCCGACUAGCACCGCUGCGAGCCAGUACUCAAGUAGCCAGUCUACUGCGGCCCCCACUAGCCAGCACACUGGGUCACCUUCUGGGGGAUACUCUUCAACCGGUCAGUCAACUGGGGCUCCCACCAGCCAGCACACUGGAUCUCCUUCCGAGGGCUACUCUCCAAGCGGUCAGUCAACUGGGGCUCCCACCGGCCAGCACACUGGGUCAUCUUCUGGAGGACACUCUUCAAGCGGUCAGUCAACUGGGGCUCCUACCAGCCAGCACACUGGAUCUCCUUCGGGAGGUCAACAAUCUGAGGGCUACCCCCCAAGCGGCCAGUACUCAGGAGGUCAGACUACUGGGGCUUCUACCGGCCAGUACCCAAGCAGCCAACACACCGGAGCCCCUUCGGGAGGUCAACAAUCCGAGGGUCACCCCUCAAGUGGUCAGUAUUCAGGUGGUCAAUCUACUGGAUCUUCUUCUGGGGGCCAGCAUCCUCAAGGCUCCACUUCAGGCGCUCAGUAUCCGGGUGGUCAGUCUACCGGAACUUCUUCUGAAACCGGACAUAGCACUGGUGAUCAGUAUACUGAACCUGGAUCAAACACCGGAUACCCUGGUGGACAGGGAGCUGGAACCUCAAGUAACGGAUACCCGAGCACUGGGCACUCUUCGGGCACCUACCCUAAUACUGGAUAUCCCGAGAGUUCUUCUGGCGGGACCAGUUAUCCUUCCUCUGGACACACUACGGGAAGCUAUCCUGGUACUGGGUCUGCUCAGGGUGCCUCCACUGGGUCGAACUACCCCUCCGGUCAGUCCCAUGGCGAAUACCCUACUUCUGGACAAUCAUCUGGACUUUCGAGCAAUGGAUACCCCGUCGGACAGUCGACUGGUUUGUCAAGCAACGGAUACCCCAUUGCUGGGCACUCCUCGGGUACUUAUCCUAGCACUGGAUACUCCAAGGGAUCUUCCAGCGGAUCCAGCUAUCCUUCCUCCGGACACACCACGGGCAACUAUCCUUCUUCUGGGUAUUCAACGGGUACUUAUCCUAGUUCUGGGUCUUCUCAGAACCCUUCGAGCGGAUCUAAUUACCCUGUUUCUGAGCACUCUACGGGUUCCUACCCUGAGUCGGGAUUCUCAGGACAUUCAAGUGGAUCCAGCUUUCCUUCAUCGGGGCACUCCUCAGGCAGCUACCCUGGUUCUGGACAAUCCACUGGACCGUGGGGCAACGGAUACUCCAACUCGCAAUCUCAGGGAGGAUCCCAUGAAUCUUCGCAGGGUCAACAUGGCUUUUAAGGUUUUGUGAAGGAAUAUAUGAGAAAAUAUCUACAGGACACCAGCAAGUUGGCUUAAAUGUUAGCAGCGUAUUUGAUAUAUCUAAUGAUAAUAUGUUACGUUCUUUGUUGUUAUUUACGGAGUAUCUAACGGUGUUAUAAUACUCUAUCAUGCAUUCAUAGGACAGACGUCUCCCAAUGAUGAGUAAAUACCUAUUGAUCUACGACAACAGAACGCCAGGCAUCCUACGGAGAAUGUGAGAGAUUAUAUCAUCUCAUAGUCCAGAACCAAGUGCAUGAAUUGCAAUGAUCGUUCUUAUUAAGGGGUGAAACGUAGACUUGACCUAUCCAAGAAUACAACACAACAUCGUUGGCUUCAGAGCGCUAG